AUUACAGACAAAAGUAAAACCUACCAAAAAUGGAUCAAAAUACUAAGAAUCAGAAAAAUUAAAAUCUGUGCCUCUAUGAUUUCUAGAAAUGGAUGUUGAUUGUUGAGUGGUGAAAUGUUUACUUUUGUAAAUAAUGCCUACUAUUUUCAUUUUGAUUGAUAGUUUUCUUGGUGAUAUAUGGUCUGGGGUGUAACAACAAUAAACUUGUAUCAUUGGAAAUAAUUGAAUAUGGCUACUGGAAAGUGCUCGGAUGAUAUGAGCGAUGAAUUGUUUUCCAAACUGAGCAAAGAUCUCCAUGAGAUGGUCAACAACCCACAACUGUUGAAAACAUCAACAGAACGAUUUUUCAAUAAUCUUAUAGAUGAAUUAACACUAGGAAUAAUCUUUGAUACUCAUCGCAAAGCCAAAACACGAGCGUUCGAUUUUGAUGAUGAAGAAGAUGGAAUUGAAAUCGAGAGAGGGGAAGAUAUAGAAACUUUUUCACAAUACAAUAUCAAAAAAACACAAGAUUGUGUUUGUUCAUUUUGUGAUAGAGCUGUAGCAGCUACGAGGUUUGCUACACAUCUUGAAAGAUGUAUGAUUGAAGGGAAGAACAGGCAGAAAAAUGCUGCCAGAAAAGCAGCAUUAAACAAUGCUGCUAAGCAAGAACAAGAGAAUGAUUAUAGGGAUAAUGGAAUGAGUGAAGAUUAUGAUAACACAGAUGAUGAUGCAGACUGGAGUCCUGGGGAUAAAAGACGUAAGAAGAAAAAGGAAAAGAAUGGGAGAAAACGUGCUAAAGCCACGCCUAAGAAAAACGCAGAAAAUGACUAUAUGGACACGCUCAAUUUAGAAGCAGAGACAGAUGAACAGGAUUUGUCAAAUUUGAGAGAUCUUCUACAAGACCGUUCAAACUGCUCUUCUCCCGCUGAUUCUACUUGUAGCAGUCGUUCUGGUUCCUCAGGCGGGAGGAGGAGGGAAAAGUCUAAAAGUAAAAAACGUAAAGAUAGGGCUUCCCCCUGCUCAACCACUUCAAUGUUGGAUUGAAUUACUUAGCACUCAAAUGCUGUAAAUAUGUUCAACGAAUUUGACAAACGAUGAAGUCAUUUCAUGUUUCUGAAUUUCAUAGGAGAAUGGAAUAUCAUUUUGUAAUUAGUUGUAUGAGUAUUAUCCAUACAGGCAAAUAAAAUAAUACCCAACGGUCAUGAUUUUGCCAGUUAUAUCGCAAUCUAUCACCUAAAAAAUUAACCAAAAAUCUCUGCACAGUUUCUUUCGAACUUCUAUAUCUUGUAUAACCGAGAUUCCUUAAACAUUCAAUGUGAUUGUCUCAUUGUUGUAAACUUUUUAAUUAUAGUUAAUCUAAAUUUAAUUGUUCCACUGUUUAUAUGUUGUGCUUUGUAACAAUCAUCAUGUUUUGUGUCAUGGUGAUAACUAUGUUCAACUUGUCUUUGGAAAUAUUUAUAGUAUGAAGUUUUAUCCCGAUCAAAUAAUAUUUAGGCUGUGCAAUUACUGAAAGAAAAUGUGCAUAUAAUAAUUUAGAAUUUGAAUAUUUAUCGAUGAUUUUUCUGAUCUUAUUCUUGUAUUUUAAUGUAAUUUCAUUUUAUUGUAAUUAAUGAUAUUAAUUUUACCCAGAUAAAAAUUGUAAAAAAGGAAUCAAUGUUACAGCAAUUUGUGAAUUGAAAAGUAAUUCUUUGUAAAUCUUGAUUUUUUCCAUUAAAAACUGAACAAGCAUUGAAA